GUGUAAAAUAACCAAUUUCUCCAGUUUCAAAUCUCCCGCGCUCCCCCUCCACGGCGCAAACGGCACGGCAAUGAUUCGUGUCCGUCCGCCAUUAACUGGGUCACGGCGCCGUCGGCCGUCCUGUCCUGCCACCAGUGCGAUCCGUAACGGUUUUAUAUCGUUUGAUAACACCAUUUAUCGUGAUUAGGUAGUGAAGUGUACUAAUUCGAGAUGGGCGACGAUAAAGAAAUAGACAGUGAAUUACUCAUAUCGUUGGUACGAGACAGGCCUGCACUAUGGGACAAAUACGAAUCAGCUUAUAAAGACAGAACAGCAGUGAAAGAGGCUUGGAAGGAGGUUUGCUGUGGAAUGAACGAAGAGUUCGAGGAUAUGAGGGAACAGGAUCAAAAUGAAUUUCAUAGAGCAAUUAUAAAAAGAUGGGCCAACCUACGAGAUGCAUACAGCAAAGCGAGGCGAAGAGUGAUAGAAAGCAAGAGGAACGGUACGAGAGUGAAAAAAUACUGCUACGAUGAAGACAUGCAAUUUUUGAACAAAAUCUAUGAUAAAGAAGGGUUUGAUGAAACACAAGAAGAAAUUGACCAUAGUUUGUUGGAAGUAAAGAUCAAGAAAAAGAGGAAACGACCAAAUCCUGAAGAAACACCCAGAAAGCCGGAGGAAGAUGUUGAAAUAAUUCCGGUAACCCCAUUUGAACCAUCACCUCUUAACUCACAAUUGUGUUUUUUUCAGGGGAUUCUACCCCAUUUGAAUAACUUUGAUGAAAACGAAAUAUUAGAAUUUCAAAUGGGAGUUUUACAGCUGAUUGCUGGCAUUAAAAGUGCAAGGCAAAAUGCUUAGUAAAUAUCUUUGGUGACGUAUCAUGGAUGUCAGUGUCUUACCACUCUUGGCUACCGAGGAUAGAUUAGUUAAAAAUAUAUUUAUAUUCUAUAGAUCUGUACCAUAAACAAUAAACAAUUGUUUGAAAAGACUGUUAACUUUGUUUAGGGUCUAACAAAUGUUUAUACUCAAACUGAACUCUUUGACUCAAAAAACUUGACCAAAUAUAUCAAUUAGUCAGACAUAAAGUUCCUAUUUUCUAGCUUGGUAGGAUAUUGAUUGAAUUUGAUUUUGAAAACACUUUUAUUGCUGAAAACUGUUUUACCGUGACCGCAUUGAUUUUAUUGUAUUUUUUUACUCACUAUGACCUGUGCAAACUAGAAUAGGCUACAUUGUAACUAAAAAAUCUUUUAACUAUCAUAUUUAAUUUUAAUCUUAACAAACUAACCUGUCUCGCACUUUUUUUGUUAUCCAUUCAUCUAAUUAAAGCAACUUGGACUAAUAAAAUCCAGACAAAAUAUGUGGUCUAACUCUUUGGCAAGAGAAGCGUUGGUCAGGGAAAAAACGGUGUUCAUUAUUGACUCUGUGUAUUUGUAUUUAUUUAUUUCAACGGACAUCUCUAUUUUACAAAAAUUUACUAUUUAAACAGAUAAACUAUUUUAAGUUGAAUGCUUACCUAGAAUAAUAAGUACCGGUACCGUAGUGCAAACAAGGUAAUUUAAUUUUAUCUCAAAGUAAUAUAUUUUGCCCGUUUAUAAGUAAAUUAAUAUCAUAAUUAGUUGAGAAUGACACAUUGUUUUAUCAUUCAAAAGUGGCGUCAUACGGGU